CUCUCUCUCCAUCUCUCUAGCUCCAUCUCCUCCCUCUGCACCGCGUAUCGUCCCCCCUGCGGACUAAGGGAGAGAAGCGAGCGAAAGAGGCAAAAUCGAGAGAGAGAAACAAAUAUAUAGACGACGACGAAAAAGCUCUAGGCAGUUCACAGCCGCCCAAUUUCUCAUAGCCACACCUGCCGUCCGUGGAAUCUCGCCACCAAUCGAUCUCUUCUUCUUUCGUUUGGUUGUGGGAUCAAAGUUGUUGGUUUCUAUCGACAUGGCUGCUGCUACUGCUGCUGCUCCACGGUUUGCGCCAGAAGACCCUACACUUCCCAAGCCCUGGAGAGGAUUGGUUGAUGGCAAAACUGGGUACCUUUAUUAUUGGAACCCAGAAACUAAUGUGACACAAUACGAGAAGCCUUCUGCACCAUCUCUUCCAUCCAAGCCACCUUCGGUGCCCAUCAAUUCCUCAGUGCAGGUACAGCAGCCUUCUCGCCGUGCGUAUAGUCCUGAAAAAGAAGAUGAUAGGUAUGGGAGGAGUAGCAAUGGUGCACCAACUAGAACUGAAACUGUAGCAAGGAGUAUCCAGAAUGAAAGAAGUUUGGUUUCACAAAAUGGAACAAUCAAUGACUCUGUUGGAUUUGCUGCCAGAGGACCUGCACCCUCAGCAGGUGGAAACAGUUUAUCAGCAGAGGCAUACAGGCGUCGCCAUGAAAUUACUGUCACAGGGGGUGAUGUGCCACCACCUCUUAUGUCAUUUGAAGCCACUGGGUUCCCUUCCGAGUUACUAAGAGAGGUGCGAUAUUUGCUCCUGGUGGAGCUAAUGUCGUACGCUGUGUUGCCCUUUCUUUGGGGGUCCCUUGUAAUUUGGAGCGCCCUUAUUUUGCUGGACAAAUUUUGAGAAGGGCUUUCCGAAUCCCCAAAGUUCGUGGCUGUUACUGCCAAUUGGUGAUGAUAUAGCACGCCACUCGGUCAAUAUCAGAAGAAGAGGCCUCCUCCUGCUAGAGCUUGCAUUUAGCAAGCGCUGACGACUGCAUGUGGGGGAUGGUAUACAGUGCUGGGUUCUCUGCCCCAACUCCAAUUCAGGCACAGUCCUGGCCUGUUGUUAUGCAGAGUAGAGAUAUUGUGGCCAUUGCCAAAACCGGUUCUGGUAAAACCCUAGGUUACUUGAUCCCUGCCUUUCUCCAUCUCAAGCGUCUUCGCAAUGACCCUCGAAUGGGUCCGACUAUCCUGGUAUUGUCACCUACAAGAGAAUUGGCAACACAGAUUCAAGAAGAGGCUGUGAAGUUUGGGAAGUCAUCAAGAAUUGGCUGCACGUGUUUAUAUGGAGGAGCACCUAAGGGUCCACAACUAGGUCAGUUAGACAGAGGAACUGACAUAGUUGUUGCAACUCCUGGUCGUCUGAAUGACAUUCUGGAGAUGAGAAGAGUAAGCCUUGGUCAGGUAUCAUACCUAGUUCUUGAUGAGGCUGAUAGGAUGCUGGAUAUGGGGUUUGAGCCUCAAAUACGGAAGAUAGUUAAGGAGGUCCCUUCCCGUCGUCAAACCCUCAUGUACACAGCAACUUGGCCAAAGGAGGUUCGGAAAAUUGCUGCAGAUCUUCUGGUCAAUCCUGUCCAAGUGAAUAUUGGGAAUGAAUUUUGUUCAUGCAGAAGUGUUGAAAUACUGAUUGAAAAGUGGACGAUCUUUUUGCAGCAUGUUGAGGUACUGGCAUCCAUGGAGAAACACAGGCGUUUGGAGCAGAUACUACGCUCCCAGGAACCGGGAUCUAAGGUUAUCAUCUUUUGUUCAACCAAGAAAAUGUGCGACCAACUUGCUCGUAACCUUUCUCGUCAGUUUGGAGCUGCUGCUAUCCAUGGAGACAAAUCACAGGGUGAGAGGGAUCAUGUGCUGAGUCAGUUUCGAUCAGGGAGGGCUCCUUUGCUUGUAGCUACUGAUGUCGCUGCUCGGGGGCUGGAUGUAAAGGAUAUUAGGGUGGUUGUCAAUUAUGAUUUUCCUACUGGCGUGGAAGAUUAUGUGCAUAGGAUUGGCAGAACCGGAAGAGCUGGUGCUACAGGUAUAGCUUAUACAUUCUUUGGUGAGCAGGAUGCCAAAUAUGCCUCAGACCUCAUCAAAGUAUUAGAGGGUGCAAGCCAGAAGGUUCCUCCGGAGAUCCGUGAUUUGGCCUUGCGAGGUGGUGGGGGAUUUGGUAGAAAUAGACGAUGGGGUAACGGCAAUGGUGGAGGUCGUGAUUCUGGUGGCCGUGGUGGUGGUGGUCGUGGUGAUUUCAGUUUCGGUGGGAGGGAUGCCGGCAGGGGCAGUUGGGCUCCUAGUUCAUCUAACAGGUAUGAUAGUCGUCCUAGUGAUGGAUACGGAGGAGGACCGGACAAGGGGUCUAGCUGGAGCGAGCGCCCUGCUAGUAAAGGGUGGAGCCGCGAUCGCAGCCGGAGUAGGAGUCCCGGACCUGCUGGCGGUCGUGGAAGUUUUCACAUGGCGAUGAUGGAGCGUAGCAGGAACGGUGGUGGUGGUGGUGGUAAAAGUCCGUAGAGACAGAUGGGAAGAUGUAGUGAUUACGGGGAAGAUGGCGAGGAAGGCAUGAAUCAGGCCUGAACAGGUCUCACCACACAGAAGCAUCUCGGGUGUUCUACUAUUAGCAGUAUUAUCGCUAGUACUACUACUACUAGUACUAACCAGGUAAAAGAAUCUGAACAAGGACGGUGGUAAUUCCAUUUUUUGUACGACACUUCCCUUACUCUGAAGGUCAUCUUGGAUGGGGAGUGUCAGAAGUACGGCAAAUUACACUCUUUGAUGAAAAUUUGUUUAGUUUGGGAACUCUGUUUUGUUAGUGAACUCUGUUUAAAGGUUGGGAGGUAAACUAUGGGCAUGUGUAUGUAGUGUGGAAGUUUGGCGUCACAGACAGAAAUAUGUGUUCAUGUUUGUAUUAAGUUUAGGUUCUGUUUGGAACACCGCCUUUCAGUCGUUGUACGUACUUUUCUUCGGACUGUUCGUCUAUCAGGGUUUCUGUUUUAGCUUCAGGUAGUCUUGUAGGGUUUAAUGUGAGUGGUGACUGGCGAGCCAUAUCGUAACUAAUGACAUAUGCUAAGGUAAAUUUCAUUCUUCUAUUACGAGGACCAUGAUGCAUAUGUUUGAGGAGGCUUCUUUGUCCCUAACGAAUGAGGGUAAUGCAAAGAUCAUGUGGUUCGAGUUAUAGCCUUGUUUUAUGUACAUGCUUCAAGUAUACACACUGUACAAUUUCGUGCUUUGUUACGAAGUAUGAGCGUGUGACUGGCUCUAAGGGGUCGUUUGGAAGUUGUGAUUAUUCAAAUUGAUGUAUUAGGUCAAUUAGUGUAU